AUGGACUCAAAGUCGGCCAUCGUCCACGUCCUCUGCGUCACCAUUGCACUAAUCGAGGUGGCGUUUUGCGUAGCCGCUCUGGCCGAUGGCCGCUCUGUCAUUGUGCUCAAGGACGAGCCACCAACGGUCGUCGACACUGCAGUCCUGCCCGAUACUGCGGACUUCAUCGUCGGGCCCGACGCGGACGGUAAUACGGUGACUACGGGCACACGCGGGGAGGACUAUCAGACGCUAGCGCAGCUCCUCGGGCCCCGCUACGGCAUCGGACUGCUCAAGGACUCUUCGGGCCGGGCGUGGUGGGAGACGGGCGACGUGCCUGGCCUGAGCGCCAGCAUGACGCUCAUGGACCUUAUCAACGAGCUGGGAGUCGGGCCUGUGGCUGAGGCGCUGCCUCUCGUGGUGAAGGGCGACAUCCUCAAGCACCCGAUCCAGUUUCUGUCAUGCACCGAGCUGCGCGACACGGGCAUGGCCGCCAUGUCACUCGGCAUCAUCGCCGUCAUCGCCGCCGGGCUGAUGGUCAUCUUCCACGCCGCUGCCCUCUCCGGCCUCGUCAAGCCCAAGGUGGCAAAGGUGGUACCCCUGCUCGUGUAG